AUGAUAAGCAAGAGUAUUGAAUUCCUCACAGAUCGUCAAGCAAGCAAGCAAGAGGCACCUCAGAACACAAGCAAGCAAGAGACACCUCAGAACACAAGCAAGCAAGAGAGACACCUCAGAACACAAGCAAGCAAGAGACACCUCAGAACACAAGCAAGCAAGAGAGACACCUCAGAACACAAGCAAGCAAGCAAGAGAGACACCUCAGAACACAAGCAAGCAAGAGACACCUCAGAACACAAGCAAGCAAGAGACACCUCAGAAUACAAGCAAACAAGAGACACCUCAGAACACAAGCAAGCAAGAGAGACACCUCAGAACACAAGCAAGCAAGAGAGACACCUCAGAACACAAGCAAGCAAGAGACACCUCAGAACACAAGCAAGCAAGCAAGAGACACCUCAGAACACAAGCAAGCAAGAGAGACACCUCAGAACACAAGCAAGCAAGAGAGACACCUCAGAACACAAGCAAGCAAGAGAGACACCUCAGAACACAAGCAAGCAAGAGAGACACCUCAGAACACAAGCAAGCAAGCAAGAGACACCUCAGAACACAAGCAAGCAAGCAAGAGACACCUCAGAACACAAGCAAGCAAGAGACACCUCAGAACACAAGCAAGCAAGCAAGAGAGACACCUCAGAACACAAGCAAGCAAGCAAGAGACACCUCAGAACACAAGCAAGCAAGCAAGAGACACCUCAGAACACAAGCAAGCAAGCAAGAGACACCUCAGAACACAAGCAAGCAAGCAAGAGAGACACCUCAGAACACAAGCAAGCAAGAGACACCUCAGAACACAAGCAAGCAAGAGAGACACCUCAGAACACAAAAUGGCCAGAAAGUGUCCGAUAUUCCCUAGAAUGGUCAGAACGUGCCCCGAUAUUCCCCAGGAUGGUCAGAACGUGCCCCGAUAUUCCCCAGGAUGGUCAGAACGUGCCCGAUAUUCCCCAGAAUGGCCAGAACGUGCCCGAUAUUCCCCAGAAUGGCCAGAACGUGCCCGAUAUUCCCCAGAAUGGUCAGAACGUGCCCGAUAUUCCCCAGAAUGGUCAGAACGUGCCCUGA